CUGCUUAUAACUCCCACUUUUUGUUUUUUUUUUGGUUUAAAUACAAAAAUUCUUUUUACAACUGUUUAUCUGGCUUCCAUUGGAGCCAUCAAUGGCUUAUUUCGUGGCAAAUAUUUCCUAUAAUAUUAGAAUUAUACCUCUUGAUUUGCAUCAUUAUAGUAAUAGCAAGUACUUCAGCUUUAGAAGUUCUCAAACUGUGAAUCACAGACAUAGUUUGUUUUCUUACACUAACAGAGCAUGCAGCAGAGUAGAUUACAGAAGAAAUAAGCAAAAAUGGGGCUCAAUUGUUUGUUCUGCUUCUAAUAAACCAUCAUCACCUCCUCCUGAUAUCAGCUCUACAGCCAGGAUAAGGAGUGAAGUUCUCUCUCCAUUUCGGACUCUGCGGAUGUUCUUUUAUCUAGCUUUUAUUGCAAGUGCUGGUCUGGGAGGACUAAUAGCAACCACACAGCUGAUAGCGGCAUUGACAAAUCCAGCAAGAGCAGCUGAAAUCCCAGAGACAUUAAAAGGUCUUGGCAUCGACAUUGGAGCAGUAUCCAUCUUUGGAUUCCUAUAUUACAGGGACAAUACUGCUGAGAAAGCACAAGUGGCCAGGCUUUCAAGAGAAGAAAACCUUUCAAAUCUUAAGCUCCGUGUGGUUGACGAAAAAGUUAUCCCCAUCAGUUCUUUGAGAGGUUUUGCUCGCCUUGUCAUCUGUGCAGGCCCGGGAUCUUAUAUUUUGGAGUCUUUUAGACUUAGUGAACCUUUCACUCAGAGUCUCUUGGAUAGAGGGGUACUUGUUGUGCCAUUUGCUACCGAUGGUAACUUGCCGAAGUUCGAGUUUGAUGAAAGUGAGGAGAUGAAGGAGAUUACAGCCAGAAGGAAGCGUCUCUGGCAGCUGAAUCCAGUCAUUGUUUCUGACUGGUCUAAGUGGUUAGAUGAGCAGAAGAAUAUGGCUGGUGUCUCUGUUGAAUCUCCGGUGUACCUGUCCUUGCGGUUAGAUGGUCGAGUUCGUGGCAGUGGUGUUGGAUACCCUCCUUGGAAUGCUUUUGUUGCACAGUUGCCACAGGUAAAAGGGAUGUGGUCAGGCCUUCUUGAUGGCAUGGAUGGAAGAGUUUAGAGUUUUACAUGCUCAAUUUUGGUACGCGUGCUACUUCUUUCGGGUUGCAGGAUUGUUUUCUUAUUAAAAUGUCAUAUUCUCCUAGAGUCCCAUUUGUUCAACAUAGUAGUUGUUCGAGUCUUUUCAUGCUUAUAGUAAAGCAUGAUUUGCAGAAACAUUUGGUGCCUGUCUAAUACUAUACGCAUAGAAUAAUUUGAUUCAUUCCGUAUUCAUUGUGUAUACUAUCGCACAAGUUAAAUGUGUAUCUGAAUCUUAGAGGGAAGCAAUCGCCUUAGGAAGAGGGCUGCUCCGCCUUAGGAAGAGGGCUGCUCCGUCUUAGAGGGAAGCACUCGUGAAACGAGAAUGUUGUCUUGAGUAAUGCAAACAUUAGUGAGAAGUGAAUGUGCCAAAAACCUAAAGGCUUUGUAGAUUGAUUGGAUACCUGCUGGAAUCUCCAAUGAUUGGUUCAUCUCCUAUAAUUGGUUGAAUCAUUAAAAGUGCAAA